AUGGCAGCAGGAACGGCCUGGGCGGGAUGCCAUCUCGCCCACCUCCCCCAAAUUCCCAUCUCGGUCAGCAUCCCCGUGACCGGCGCUGCCGCUAGCAGCAGGAGGAGGAGGUGCGGCUUAGCGGCGGCGGCGGGGGCAGCAGCAGCAGCAGCGACAGACGGGCGGGUGCUGGGCCGGCGCCCCGUGGAGGACGUGUACAAGGUGCGCGUGGUGCGCGGCGCGGCGGCGCAGGAGCGGGUGGAGGCGCUGCGGGCGAUGGAGACGUGGUCGACGUGGCGCACGGGGGGCCGCUGCCACCUGGCCUGGGACUGGCAGGUGGACCAGCUCGUGUACAUCGUCGCCGGCGAGGUCCGCGUGCUCCCCGCCGGGGCCACCACCGGCGAGGAGUACAUGCACUUCGUGGCCGGCGACCUGGUCCGGUACCCCAAGUGGCUGGAGGCGGACCUCCACUUCGACGGGCCCUACGAGGAGCGCUACCGCUUCCUCGCCUACGGCGACGACAACUGA